GUUUUCUUACCGCAGCGCCGAUCAAAGCAAACUGUCGGCGUUGCAUUCACUGGAGGGGCAAAAUACACAUAAGAAGAGGUCACAAACUAUUAAGAAGCCGGGAUAUAUACUUUAAACAUACCAAGCGGAGCACCAUGGCUUCAGGAGGAGAAUCAAAGAAUGAUGAUCUAUCCACAGCGAUUUUAAAGCAGAAGACUAGGCCAAACCGGUUGGUCGUCGAUGAAUCUCUCAAUGAGGACAACAGUGUGGUCUCACUGUCUCAGGCUAAGAUGGAUGAAUUGCAGUUGUUCAGAGGAGACACAGUGCUGAUGAAAGGGAAGAAGAGACGGGAGACUGUCUGCAUCGUGCUCUCUGAUGACACCUGCUCCGAUGAGAAGGUCCGCAUGAACAGAGUGGUCCGCAACAACCUGAGAGUCCGACUGGGAGAUGUGAUCAGUAUUCAGCCAUGCCCGGACGUGAAAUACGGAAAGCGGAUCCACGUUCUUCCCAUCGACGACACCGUGGAGGGGAUCACGGGGAACCUAUUCGAGGUCUACCUCAAGCCCUACUUCCUGGAGGCCUACAGGCCCAUCAGGAAAGGAGACAUCUUCCUGGUUAGGGGAGGAAUGCGAGCCGUGGAGUUCAAGGUGGUGGAGACCGAUCCCAACCCCUACUGCAUUGUGGCCCCUGACACGGUCAUCCACUGUGAGGGCGAACCCAUCAAACGAGAGGACGAGGAGGAGUCUUUAAACGAGGUUGGCUACGAUGACAUCGGAGGUGUGAGGAAACAGCUGGCGCAAAUCAAGGAGAUGGUGGAGCUUCCCCUGAGGCACCCAGCACUGUUCAAGGCCAUCGGGGUCAAGCCUCCAAGAGGCAUCCUUCUGUAUGGACCCCCUGGGACAGGAAAGACUCUGAUCGCACGCGCUGUGGCCAAUGAGACGGGAGCCUUUUUUUUCCUUAUCAAUGGGCCUGAGAUCAUGAGUAAACUGGCUGGAGAGUCUGAGAGUAACUUAAGGAAGGCCUUCGAGGAAGCAGAGAAGAAUGCCCCUGCCAUCAUCUUCAUCGACGAACUGGACGCCAUCGCCCCAAAAAGAGAAAAGACACAUGGAGAGGUGGAGAGGCGCAUCGUGUCCCAGCUCCUCACGCUCAUGGAUGGCCUCAAGCAGCGGGCUCACGUCAUUGUCAUGGCAGCCACCAACAGACCCAACAGCAUUGACCCUGCUCUGCGGCGAUUUGGGCGUUUCGACAGAGAGGUGGACAUCGGCAUCCCUGACGCCACAGGCAGACUGGAGAUCCUGCAGAUCCACACCAAGAACAUGAAACUGGCGGACGAUGUGGACCUCGAGCAGGUCGCCAAUCAGACUCACGGUCAUGUGGGUGCUGACCUGGCCGCUCUGUGCUCCGAAGCCGCCCUGCAGGCCAUCAGGAAGAAGAUGGACCUUAUCGACCUGGAGGACGAGACCAUAGACGCCGAGGUCAUGAGCUCCCUGGCCGUGACCAUGGACGACUUCAGAUGGGCUCUCAGCCAGAGCAACCCCUCUGCCCUGAGGGAGACGGUGGUGGAGGUUCCCAACAUCAGCUGGGAGGACAUCGGCGGUCUGGAGGAUGUCAAGAGGGAACUCCAGGAGCUUGUACAGUACCCAGUGGAACACCCAGAUAAGUUCUUGAAGUUCGGCAUGACCCCGUCCAAAGGCGUGCUGUUCUAUGGGCCCCCAGGGUGUGGGAAGACCCUGCUGGCCAAGGCCAUUGCCAACGAGUGCCAAGCCAACUUCAUCUCCAUCAAAGGACCGGAGCUGCUCACAAUGUGGUUUGGAGAGUCCGAGGCCAAUGUCAGAGAGAUCUUCGACAAGGCUCGCCAGGCGGCCCCCUGCGUGCUCUUCUUUGACGAGCUGGACUCCAUCGCCAAGGCCCGUGGCGGCAAUGUGGGUGACGGCGGCGGAGCGGCCGACCGUGUCAUCAAUCAGAUCCUGACAGAGAUGGACGGCAUGUCCAGCAAGAAGAACGUCUUCAUCAUCGGGGCCACAAACAGGCCUGAUAUCAUAGACCCAGCCAUCCUGAGGCCUGGAAGACUGGACCAGCUCAUUUACAUUCCUCUGCCAGAUGAGAAGUCCCGCAUCAACAUCCUUAGUGCCAACCUCAGGAAAUCGCCUAUUGCCAAGGAUGUGGACCUAGAUUUCCUGGCCAAGAUGACAAAUGGUUUUUCUGGUGCUGACCUGACCGAGAUCUGUCAGAGGGCCUGUAAGAUGGCCAUCAGGGAGUCGAUCGAGAAUGAGAUCCGGAGGGAGAGAGAGAGGCAGACCAACCCCUCAGCCAUGGAGGUGGAGGAGGAUGACCCUGUCCCAGAGAUCCGUAAGGACCACUUUGAGGAGGCAAUGCGUUUUGCCCGACGCUCUGUCAGUGACAAUGACAUUCGCAAAUAUGAGAUGUUCGCCCAGACAUUACAGCAGAGCAGAGGCUUCGGCAGCUUUCGGUUCCCCACCAGCUCCGCGCCAGGUGCUGGACCUAGCCAGGGCUCCGCCGGCGGCAGUGCCGGCACAGUCUUCAACGAAGACAACGAUGACGACCUCUAUGGUUAAACCGCACCAUGACCAAAACACAGCCACUCUCUGUGGACCAAUGUUUCCUCAUACUUUCUGGCAAUGCUGUACAAUGCCAAAAAACGCAUACACCAUUCCAUUACCAUUGGCAAAAAAAAUAAAAAAAGGCUUUCCAUAUUAUUUACACACUUCAUUCCCCUUUAACAGUUAGAGAUGGCAUGUUGCAGCUUGUCUGUAUUCUGGCUUUGGGGGAUAGACAUGGUAUUUCGAACUGUAGGAAUUUCAGAUGAGUGGGGGUGGGAAGUGAAGGCUGUGGUUAACUGGGUACAUUCUGGUGAUAUGAGCCAUUAAUGAAGGAUACAAUACUAGUCUGUUAUAAAGGAAAGGGAGGGGGAUUACUUAUUUAAAUUUUCUAUGAAUAUAUAAUGUAAAAGGGUUGGAAAUGUGAAUUGAAUUGUAUGAAAUAACAAUAAAUUAACUGGUAAAUAGGUG